CUUCAGUCUGGUUGUCAAAAGAAAGCCUCUUUUCAGGUGGACGAAAGCUUUUUGAUUUAGACUUGGAUUCAGCCUUAAUUGAAACCAUAUGUGUGGAAUUCUGGGACUUUGGCACAUCCCCAGGAAUCCACAGAAUGUGAGGGUUUUUUCCUCCUUCUCUCUCUCUGCCUCGCUCCGUCUCUCUCCUCUGGCUCUUUUUUUCUUUCUUUCUUUUUUUCCACAGUGCAGAGGCGUCUUACAUCAGCCGAGUGAGUCCUGCUUGAAGGCAGCUGACAACUGGACGACAGAGGAGCGAAACAUCCAGCCGCCACGCUCCUACUGGGAAAAACUAAACCAAUCUUUGAGCAAAUGGUCUGACGACAAAGAAAGACAAAAAUUGUGGACGUCUGUCUUUUUCCGUGCGUUCACGAUGAUGAGGCACCUGUCGGACACUCACUUCCUCCCGCUCAUUGUCAUCCAACUGCUGGGAACCGUCACAUCGCAGGUCAACCCAGGUGUGUGUCGAUACGCCCUGGGGAUGUCGAGUGGGCAGAUACCGGAUGAGGACAUUUCUGCCUCCAGUCAGUGGUCUGAAUCUACCGCUGCCAGAUACGGCAGGUUGGACGGUGAGGAGGGAGACGGCGCAUGGUGUCCGGAGAUAACUGUUGAACCAGACCACCUGAAGGAGUUCCUCCAGAUCGACUUGGGUUCGCUCCACUUCAUCACCCUUGUGGGCACCCAGGGCCGUCACGCCGGAGGAAUGGGCAACGAGUUUGCCCAGAUGUACAAGAUUAAGUACAGUCGUGAUGGCAGUCGCUGGAUCUCAUGGAGGAACAGGCAAGGGAAACAGGUGAUUGAGGGCAACAGGAACACGUACGACAUCGCACUCAGAGACAUGCAGCCGCCCAUCAUUGCUCGUCUGGUCCGCUUCAUGCCCGUCAUAGACCACUCCAUGAACGUCUGCAUGAGAGUGGAGCUCUACGGCUGCGAGUGGCUCGAUGGCCUGGUUUCGUAUAACGCUCCUGCAGGACAACAGAUGAACCUUCCUGCUUAUACUGUUUACCUCAACGACUCUGUCUAUGAUGGAGCCGUCAUCUACAGUAUGACAGAGGGCUUAGGCCAGCUGACCGACGGCGUUUGCGGAGAAGAUGAUUUCACUCUCAGCCACGUCCACAACGGAUGGCCCGGGUACGACUACGUAGGCUGGAGCAACGAGAGCUUCCCCGGUGGAUUUGUUGAAAUCAUGUUUGAGUUUGACCGUAUACGAAACUUCACCUCCAUGAAGGCCCACUGCAACAACAUGUUCUCCCGACGCGUCAAGGCCUUCCAGCAGGUGGUUUGCCACUUCCGCUCCGAUUCCGACUGGGAGACAACGCCGCUCGCCUUCAGCCCCGUGGAGGACGAGAAGAAUCCCAGCGCCCGCUUCAUCACCGUCAAGCUGGCCAAUCACAUGGCGAGCGCCAUCAAGUGCCAGUUCUACUUUGCUGACGCCUGGAUGCUGUUCAGCGAAAUCACCUUCCAGUCAGAUACAGCCAUGUACAACACAACACCGCCUUCCACUCCUAAGCCAGAAGAUGACCCAACCCAUAAAGUAGAUGACAGCAACACUCGCAUUCUGAUUGGCUGUUUGGUGGCCAUCAUAUUCAUCCUUGUUGCCAUCAUUGUCAUCAUUUUGUGGAGACAGGUGUGGCAGAAGAUGCUGGAGAAGGCCUCUCGGCGGAUCCUGGACGACGAACUAACUGCUAGCUUGUCGAUACAGAGCGAGACGUUCAGCUACAAUCACACCAGCAACCGGCCAGGCACAGCAGGCGAACAGGAGUCUAAUUCCACCUAUGAGCGCAUCUUUCCUCUGGGUCCAGACUACCAGGAGCCGUCGCGCCUCAUAUGCAAGCUGCCGGAGUUUGCACAGAGCUCAGAGGAACCUGCUUCGGCCACCAAUGCAGCUUCAAAGUCCACAACUCAAACUGUGGUGCAGGACGGCGCCCCCCACUACGCAGAGGCAGACAUCGUCAACUUGCAAGGCGUCACUGGGGGCAACACGUACGCCAUCCCCGCGUUGACAAUGGACCUGUUGUCCGGGAAGGACGUUGUUGUGGAGGAGUUCCCGCGAAAACUGCUCGCAUUUAAGGAGAAGCUGGGAGAGGGCCAGUUUGGAGAGGUGCAUCUUUGUGAAGCAGAGGGAAUGCAGGAGUUUAUAAAUGAGGACUACUUAUUUGACGUCCCAGAGGGCCAGCCAGUGCUAGUGGCUGUGAAGAUGCUCCGCUCAGAUGCCAACAAGAAUGCAAGGAAUGACUUCCUGAAAGAGAUAAAGAUCAUGUCGCGUCUGAAGGACCCCAACAUCAUUCGUCUGCUAGCCGUGUGCAUCUACAGCGACCCGCUCUGUAUGAUCACAGAGUACAUGGAAAAUGGAGACCUCAACCAGUUCCUGUCCCGCCAUGAACCCGAGGGACAACUCGCUCUCCUCAGCAGCACACCUACUGUCAGCUUCGGUAAUCUGUGCUACAUGGCCACCCAGAUAGCCUCGGGGAUGAAGUACCUCUCCUCCCUGAACUUUGUCCAUCGAGACUUGGCCACACGGAACUGCUUGGUGGGGAAAAACUACACAAUAAAGAUAGCUGACUUUGGCAUGAGCAGAAACCUGUACAGUGGCGACUACUACCGCAUCCAGGGCAGAGCGGUGCUGCCCAUACGCUGGAUGUCGUGGGAGAGCAUCCUGCUGGGUAAGUUCACCACGGCGAGUGACGUCUGGGCCUACGCCGUGACGCUGUGGGAGAUCCUGAACUUCUGCAAGGAGCAGCCGUACUCCCAGCUCACCGACGAGCAGGUGAUAGAAAACACAGGGGAGUUUUUCAGGGACCAGAAACGACAGAUCUACUUGCCUCAACCUGUGCUGUGUCCGGUCUCACUCUACAAGAUCAUGCUGAACUGCUGGAGGAGGAACGCCAAGGAGCGGCCCUCCUUCCAGGAGUUACACAGAGCUCUGGUGGAUUUACAGCCUUAAGCCUGCGUAGUGUUUAAGACACUUUAGAGUCUGCGCAAAUCUCUGGGGAAAGGGAUGCCGCAGGAUGUCCAGGUUUAAGCUACGCUCCUAUUCAACAGAGACAGGAUGGGAGGCCACCUGCUGGCUCCAAGCUACAUUUUCGAGGACUGGAUAAUCUAGGUUGAUCUGUAUUCCAGUUAAUGCAAAGGUUUUAUUUUUAUGAAGCAUAAAUUUAGACAAAGUACUAUAUCACAGUUCAAAAAGAGAAGCUUGAACUGUCGGGUGGGUGUGGAGGAAGCCAACAUUUAAAUGUAGCAAGAGACAUUUGGCACUUUUAAAACUAAACACUAAAAGUAGGGAGACUUGGACAUUUUUUUUUCUUUGUUGCAGAAUUGUUCUUGGCAAAAAAAAUCUCAAACCUGUUUAUGUCCCCUACAGUGGUGCCACAUUCAAAAGGAAAACACAUUUAUGCAUUGAACAGCAGGGUUGAGUACCAGGGUACUCUGUGAAGUCGACACUUGUUACCCCACAGAGGUUCAUCAGAGACUGGAUACAGGCAGGUUGGUUGGACCGGCCUACAGGCCUGACUUCAGACCCACUGAACGCUUGUGGGAUUAGGUUGGGCAUAAUAAAUAUGCCGAAGUCACCAAAAUAACCACAUCGUCCAAUUUAAGACAUGACAAGGAUGUGCCAGGGUGUUAAAAUAACAUGCAACAUGUCUUGUUUUUUCAAGCCUCCAUUCUCCAGUCCCACAGACAUCAAACAGGAGUCAAUAACAAAAUAUACUGAAGAGAAGAUUUAACUUGGUUUUUUUUUUUUAUUAUUAUUAUUCUUGCAAAUGUGGCCCCAUUUAAAGCGAAAUAAACAAGCGUUGGAGUGGAAUAAGAUUUGCAGCCAAUGUUCCAGCAUUUUUACAACAAAGCAACAAUUGACCAGACUUGAAUUUCCUCACUGUUUCUGUUUGGUUUAUGUCUAAAUGCAAUGUGUAAUAAGAGGUUUAUGUAUCCCAUGUUAUGGUGUUGUUUGAAAUACUGCUUUCUUGUCUUUUCUUUUGGAAGACUGCUUGAAUGUAGAAAGGGAAAGUGCAGAGCCAACGGUUACUCUUAUAUUUGAUUAUAUUUUAAUAGUUUCAUCAUGUUCAGAAAAUCUUCAGACACGCAGAAUAAAAAUAACAAUGAGUGCAUUUUUCUCCAUCUCCCUGCCAUUUAGUAGUUUUGACAAGUGUACGUGACUGUGUAUUUCCAAAAGACAUGUUUAAAUUUCAUGUAUCAUUUUUUUGUAUCAGUAUUUAUAUAUUGACUUGUGUUUAUGACUUGUUUAUAGUUGUGCAUAAAAAUAUGCACUCAAACCAGAGUGUCAUAUUUGGUUCAUUUCUUCUUUGAUUUGUGUAUGUGUUCUUUCUGCUGCGACAUCCUUUUGUCUGCAGUUGAGUAUGCUUUGAAGAAAUCUCGUUGGAACUUCGUGCUGGGUCGCUAUCAUGUGCCGUGUGUUGAUUCAAAGCGUGUGUGCGCAACAGGUGUGAUUAGAAAGACAGUAAGUGUUUUCUGCAGGGAUCCAAGACAAUUAGGAAAAGAGAAAAGCUUGAUCUGAGUAUUUUCCAGAAGAAAGGCAUGAAAAAGAAAACUCCUUGGCACAUCCAUCCAUUCUUUUUACAAACACAUUAGAAAAGGGUCACAAGUUGGGAAAGUUGGAAAAAUAUCUUGAAAGAUUUACAAGAACUCUGGUUCUAGAUGUCUAUCGCUAUUUCUUGUCACAGAAGCAGUAAAAAUUAGGAGUUUCACCGUAACAAUUAAUUUUCUUGGAUGGUUGGAAAGGGUACCGUCAAUGAAGAUAAACUUUAAGUGCAUUAGUUUAAAGCUCAUCUAUUAUCGGUGCGGCUGGACUUCAUGCUUCAUUUGUCUCAUUGGUUUUCUCUAAUUGUUCUUGCUUUAUGUUUUUA